AUGUUGGCCAAAGCGUUGUACGAUAAUAAGGCCGAGUGCUCAGAUGAGCUUGCCUUCCGCAAAGGGGACAUCUUGACUGUGUUGGAACAGAACGUCUUCGGCAGCGAAGGUUGGUGGCGGUGCUAUCUACAUGGGCGGCAAGGCCUUGCUCCGGCCAAUCGCCUUCAGCUCUUCACCAUCCCGCAGAAUGACUCUCUUUUGGCACACUCCACCUAUAAUUCCCUCGGGAGGCAGCAGACCCAGCAAAACAUCUACCAGGUACCCUCGGCACCCAAGACGGAGGGUGGAUCUAUGUAUGAGCAGAUGGGAAACUUGUAUAUCACCCCGACGACACCAAAGACCCCACCUGGGGACAUCUAUCAGACUCCGCUGUCAUCUCCUGCACAAAUAAUUUAUGAUAAAGCCAACAGCUCUUCCAAUCAGCAUUUGUUCACUCUCCCACGAGCCUCCAAGGCGUCCAGCAUAAGCAAGACAGAGGUGUACGAUGUCCCACCCUCCAAGCUGAACACAACACCCUCCACACAGAGGGGUAGAACCCCAUCACCGAUCAAUGGGCGGUCGCCAUUUCUCUUAGCAAUGGAGCAAAGUCAACAGCAGCAAAUUUACGACAUCCCAUCAAGCCCAGACACCCCAGAAAAGAGCAACCCCAAGGCCUCCAAAGCCUCCAUUGUAUACGAUAUCCCACCGACUGGAGCGCUGGUUCAGACGAACAGGAGUGACACACCACCUGUUGCUUUCCAAUACAGCACCCUACCAAAUCCUCGCAAGUCUGACUGGAUUUACGAUAUUCCUUUGUCCCCUGAGAGAAACAUUUUAAAACCCAACGGCCGAAAGAUAUCCAUGGAUCGAAAUAUGGUGUACGAUGUGCCGCCAACUCGAUAUGGGCCGGUUCAUUCCAAGACAGAGAGCAGCUCUCCGACUAAUCAAAUAUAUGACGUCCCGCCCAAUAAGUCAAUAGCAGCCAGUCAAUGUCUUUAUGAUAUUCCAGCUUCUCGUGACACUUCCCCUUUGUAUCAGAAUGGAAGCUUACAAAAAGGCUCAUCGAGCUUCGGGAAACCAAAGACGGAGAAGAUUGACUCCAAGGAAAAUGUUUAUGAUAUACCAAGAGGGUCGGCAGUUGGGUCUCCACCAAAGCUAGAAGUGAGUAGCCCGGUGUGCAGUGAUCAGAUUUAUGAUGUUCCGCCACCGCUACCGAAGGACAACAAACCCUCUCUACAUCAGCCUCAAUACGACAGGUUAUCUGUGUCAAGUUCAGAAAGUCGAACCAGCACUUUGUCUACUUCAUCUACAAAUUCUAGCGAGUCUGUGACCUUUUCCACUUCUGAAGACAGUUCAAGUGAAGUGAUUCUAGAACUAGAAGUAGUUAUCAAGAACAUAACUGAACUGCAAGAACGGGUGUCCAGUUCCAUUGCAAGUCUAAUGAUCUUCGUGAGCAGUAAGUGGAGACUGCAGGGAAAUAUGGAAUCAAACCUCGAGGACAUUCACAGAGCUGUCAAUAGCAUCAUCUCUUCUUUGAGGCAAUUCAUCGACUUUGCCCGGACCAUCAAAGCCAGCACAGCUCACUUAACGGACGUUAACAUCCAACUCAGGAUUAACAACCAGUUGCAAACUCUCUCAGAUUCUUUCCUGACUCUUUCCAAGAACCAAGAGUCCAUUAAUCUUUGCAACUGGUCUUUGGAAGCACUGGUCAUGGAUAAACCCCGCACCGCACCUGAUGACCUUGACCAGUUCGUCAUGGUAGCCAGGACGAUUCCGGAAGACAUUAAGAGAUUUGUGUCCAUCAUUAUUGCCAACGGAAAGCUUUUGUUCAAAAAGCAAGAAGAGAAAAGGCCAAAAUCUGAAAAAGGAUAUACGUUGUCCCGGAAACCUCAAGUGCCAACACGACCAGACACAAAGGUCCUUCAGGAAUUCUGUAUAAACCGGUCAGAAGAACAAGGCAAAGAUAAAAAGUACCAGCUGCCAAAACAGAAAUCUGUAGAAGACAGCGGAUAUGUGUACCUGCAGAAAAAAGAAGACUUUGAGAACAUGCAGCAGUUGUCCUCAAUGCAGCAGCUUGAACGUAAAACCAGCCCCGAAGAAAAGAGAAAAGGAUGGUUAAAGCCGGAUUCACGCAUAUACACAAGUGAAGACCCGACAGAGAAAAGUGUUACGCGUUUAUCAAAAGCUCCGCCGGUACCUCCGAAUAAACCAGACAUCCUCCAAAAACACGAUUCCGUCAAGAAACUAGCUCUGUCCAAUCAGUGCUACCUAUACUUUGGCGCCCUCCAGAAGGCCAUCCGAGUCUUCGGCGAUAGCCUGAGCAAACAGGAAACGCCCGAGGUCUUCAUCACCCACGGCAAGCUCAUCAUCAUGGUCGGGCAGAAGCUGGUGGACAUGCUGUGCCAAGACGUGAGGGUCGGCGAAGCACGCAACGACGUCCUCUACAAGAGCAGCGAACUGUGCGGCCUGCUGAAGAGCUUGGCGCUGGCGACCAAGACGGCCGCCAUUCAGUACCCCAACACGGCCGCCAUGCUGGAGCUGCAGCACAGGACGGCCGAGCUGUCCAAUCACACGCAGCUUUUCAGGUCGAUGCUGGAAUGACAGGGGCCCGUCUGUUGACUUUUUUAUUUAUUGACUUCUUCUCGGAACCAAAAAAAUGGA